AUGGGCCGUUCUUUUCGCGGCCCAACGCUGGCCAUAACCGCUCUCCUACUCCCCUCCGCAACUACAGCAAAGCUCGUCCUCGACGGCGGCGACGCGGGCUGGUCCUCGGCCUGGGGCACGUCGGUCGAUGGAGUCAUGGGCGGCAAGAGCAGCAUCGCCGUCAGCUUCGACGACGGCAUGCGCGCGACGGGCUACCUCAACACGGACGGCGGCGGCUUCGCGGGCUGCUCGCGCAACGUCGCCGAGCCCGUGGACGUGUCGUCCUACGCGGGCGUCGCGGUGACGUACGCGGCGCUCGACGCGUCGGCGCCGCCGCUGGCGCUCGAGCUGCGGCUCGGCGGCGAGGGCGACACGGGCGGCAGCUGGAUCGACCACCGCGCCGUCUUCGCGCUGUCGCCGUCGGCCGACGCGGACGGCGUCGGCGUCGCGACGCUGCCCUUCGACGCGUUCGUGCCGCGGUGGCGCGGGAGCGAGCGGACGGGGUCUCUGGACCUCACGGCGAUCAACCAGAUGGGCCUCCAACUCCUCUUCCAGGAGGGCGCCUACGACUUCACGAUCCUCGAGAUCGCGGUCGUCGACGACCUCGUCCGGGACGACCCGGCGCCGGCGCUCGGCGCCGCGCCGAGCCCCGCGGAGGUCGUCGAGGGCAUAGACGCGACCAUCGAGGUCGGCGUCUACGUCUACAACAAGGGCUACCCGUCGCAGUGCGACAAGAUCUACGCCGCGACGGCGCGCUCCGUCGCGGCGUCGCUCGAGGGCGGCGCGGGCCUCCGGGAGGACGCGCGGGCCGCUCUGGCGGACGCCGCGGCGGCCGCGGAGGCCAUGGGCUACUCGGAGAACGACGAGAUCCACCGCGCCUGGGCCCUGCGCCACGGCCUCGACGACGCGCGCGCGGCCGCCGUCGCGGCGGGCGACGAUUGGGAGGCGGAGGCGACGCACGCGAACGACGCGACGGACGCGACGGUGGCGACGGACGGGACAGACGCGACCGACGCGACGCACGCGACGGACGUGGCGGAUGUUUCGGACGCAGCGGACACAGCGGACGCGGCGGACGCCGCGGACGCGGCGGACUCGACGACCGAUUCGACCGAUUCGGCGGCUCCCGAGCCCGAGCCCGCGACCGAUUCGUCGUCGUCGUCCUCCUCCGACGACAACGACAUGGUCAUGCUCCUGGCCCUCGCGGGCGCCGUGGCCGUCGUCGUGGCGGCGGUCGUCACGCUCUGCCUGCGGCGCGUCGCGCCCGCGCCGCCCCCGCUGGCCAAGGUCCAGGACCUCGCGCCCCAGAAAGCCGCGGUCGUGGCCACCGCGGUCCCCUGCGGCUUCGACGUGUGAUAAGUACGAUGUAGCCU